UCAAAGCCUGAUGACAGAACAGAGAGAAAGUGAGUAUGCUUGGUGCUUGGCUUCUGUUUGAAGCAAUGCUUUACAUAUGCAGCAUUUUUGGUCCAACUUCCAGGCUGUUGAAGAUAGUCAGCUUGCCAAUGGCAUCGCUUCGCUGGUUGAGUGCCCUCAGUGUAGCUGUUCAGGUGGCAGGUCAGCCACAAUCUUCGACCUGCUCAAACCCAACAUGUUCCAGCCCUCCCUGUGCAGCGCCACUCUUGGGUGAUGUGGGUUGCACUACCGUGUCGGGGACCGAGACGUACAACCAUGAGCUUUUGACAGUUGGUUCCACAAUUGCCAGCAAUGCCCAUAUCUAUGGUCCCUUUGAAGCUGGGUUCACAUCAAUGCAGAAGAGCAUCAUUGAGAAUUGGGGUUGCACAGAUGCUUCGGUGGCCUACGACUCCGAGGGUGGCACCGAUAUUGGAACUGCUGAAAGCAAAGUGUCAAAGGCUUGCAACAUUGAGCUACCUCGCAUUGAAGGCAACAACUACUACGGGGUGGUUGGCCCUUGUGGAGGUCACACAAACGACUACCACUUCCAUCGCGGCUUCACUUGCUUGUAUUCUGAAAGUGGUGCGCACUCCACCAAAGUGGGUGAAGUGGCCUCUCACAACAUGUAUGGAAAAUGGGAAGACUAUGAUAAUCAGAGGCUUCCUCUCUUGGAUGCUUGUGGAGGUCACAUUGGUCCCACUCCUGAAUCCAGUACUGCCGUGUACCAUUAUCAUGUGCAAGACCAGGCUCCUUUCACCGUUGGGUGUCAUGGACCCAGUUCCAGUGGGGGCCUUGUCAGCGUAGCGACAUGCCGUGCUUUGUACUCCGAUUGCGACAAUGACGGUGGCAGCGGCACCACGAUUGAGCUGAAAACAGGGACUGUGGCCUACGAUCGCUUUUGCCCUUGUUUUGAUGCCGCAGGGUCCAACAUGGGCACCAACAUUCAAGAGCUCCCGGCCUUGAGUUCCACUGAGAUCUACUACACUGUCAACAGCACCACCGACUCUUCCUCGGAUUCUACUUCAACGAUGCCAUCAGCGACUAUGGACUCGGCUACUGCUUGGAGCAUAUCAGCCUUCUUUGUCAGCGCAUGCUACUUUCUGAUGUUCCAACUGUAAGUCAAGAAUCUGCAGGGCCAUCAUGUUGGAGAGACUGGCCUUUGUUGUUUGCUUCAUUGGCUCCUCCGACAGUUCUAGGUUAGACAUUUCCAUUGCUGACUUGUUGGAAUGUAGGACUUGAUACCUGGCAGCUAACAUUCAAAUGUCAGGUGUAAUUGAGCUAGCUCAUUGAGGCUCAUGAAUUAGCAUUUCGAAGCAUUUUGGCCAUGGUGCAGUUGGCGCCAUGUUCCCCAUGCAGAGGUGGCCGAAGGUCUCUCAAUGGCUUCUAUUGCACGCCAUGCGUGAACACAAAGCGAAACGAUCACAUCCUUUCACUCCGAGCACGCUCCAAGACUCAACACCUCUUGAGUGCAUACUAGUUUGACA